AUGUCCGAAUACUACUCCUCUACCUCCUCGUCCUCCUUCUUUUCCUCUAGCUCGAGCUCGAACUCGAACGGCCAGGAGCAGGGCUACCGCACCGCUACCUCCUCGCACACCGCGCCCGACGGAUCGAAGGUCGUGCGCACCGCUGAGCAGGAUCUCGGCCAGCCAGCCGUCUUCGAGGAACGUCGGUUUGAUGGUGAUGGCCAGGAACGACUGGUCGGAGAUUCUACUACCGGUGGACAUGGUGGGGCCCGGAGGAUCGAGAAUGCUGAUGAGGAGUAA